GGGGCGGGGCUUCCGGUCGCUCCUCUGCCUCGCGCGCUCGCCGUCGUCGUCGUAGCAGCGCUUUCCUUGUCUCUCUCUCUCUCUGCCAGCAACGGGCGCGGCCUAGUUUCCGGUUCGGAGCCUGGUUGUUAUUUUCGUGGCUUCUUCCUCCUUCUCUCUCUCUCGCUGCCGCCAUGAAGCUAGUGAGGUUUCUUAUGAAACUAAGUCAUGAAACUGUAACCAUUGAACUGAAGAACGGGACCCAAGUUCAUGGAACCAUCACAGGAGUGGAUGUCAGUAUGAAUACACAUCUGAAAGCUGUGAAAAUGACCCUGAAAAACAGAGAACCUGUCCAGUUGGAAACUUUGAGUAUUCGAGGCAAUAAUAUUAGGUAUUUCAUUCUGCCAGACAGCUUGCCGCUGGAUACCCUCUUGGUGGAUGUUGAACCAAAAGUCAAAUCCAAGAAAAGGGAGGCAGUUGCGGGAAGAGGACGUGGCAGAGGACGCGGCAGAGGUAGAGGACGUGGUCGAGGAAGAGGAGGGCCAAGGCGAUAAUUUCUUUAUAGCUGCUUUAAAAAAAAAAGCCAGACAACUUCAACUAUUUUUUGUACAAGUUUUGUUUAUUAUCAGUUUUUAAUAAACCAGUGUGAAAAUGUUU